CGCAUCUGUUUGGGCCGCGUUUCAUUCUCGGCUCGCACGUUGGCGCAAACGGUUCAUUAGCUGGCAGAUCGGUUCGGCUCCGGUUUAUAUUGGAUUGGCUGAGUUUAGGCCAAAAGUGCAUUUCCUAACAUUGGCAUUGGCCAGGCAGCAGAAGCCCCUGGGUCUGGUCAUCUGCUUUGUUUUACUUCAUUUAUUUCGAGUCGCGUCGCGUUGAUGAAAUUCCGCUUCUUAUUGUUAUUGGUGCGCUGGCGUUGCAUUUGAUUGGAGUUUGAGUGACGAAAGUGCCAAGAGUCUUUUCAAAGUCAAUCAAUUAGAGGGUGCAUUACGAUUGCAGCGAUUCGAUACAUUCAUCCCACGAUGAUGCUACACAUCGUGAUAUUAACGACGAUUUUUACGGCUGCGCAAUGCUUUCAAUUGAACAUGACGCAGUUCUACGAGAUGCCGCCGCUUUACGACUUGGAUGACUAUGAUCGCUGCCUCCAGGAGUUUGACGGCCAGGGGUCUACAUACUGUUUUGUCCGGGCGGAAGUUCAGCCAAAUGAGUCGGUGGCUGCCUGGCGGGCUAUUACUGAGAUUUCGCAGUACGAUCGCCAUCAUUUUGAUCACAAGCAGCUUUACUUUGGCCUUUGCCUGCGCGAAUGUGAGGCUUCUCUGGCCGGGUUGGAUAAAAGUGAACUGGAUGCUCUGCAAGCCGGCUUGCUGUCGGAAAAUGCGAAGGUGAAUGUGUAUCUGGACUUGUUCUCGAUGGAAGGCACAAAUCGCCAGCGGCAUCAGCGAUUGACGAAUGCCUGCUUAAAUUGGCGGCUGCAGAGUCGUGGUUUCGGGGUGCUGGCCAAGAGCGUUGUGGAGUAUUGUGAUGAUGCAGGACAUCAGGUGGAAGAUGAUGCUUGGAACCUGACCUUCUAUGGGAUCCUUGGAGCCCUUUUGGUUCUGGCCUGCCUGGGAAGUCUAGUGGAUCUGCACCUAAAACGUGGGCGUCAUGACAAAAUGCUUAAGGAACGGGAUCACUACAAAACUCCACCCAAGAGUACCGCCCAACAGGUGCUGCUCACUUUUUCGGUGGCACGCAAUUGGUAUCGCCUCAAUCAGGAGCCAACUGGGAAGAUCGGACGCGAGUUAAGAUUCCUUGACUGCUUCAAGUUCUUUGCCAUGUUUAUGGUGAUUUUUGCGCAUACUAACUGGGUGAUAUAUGAGAGCGCCAUUAGUAACCCUCAGGACCCGGAGCGAUUGCUUCACACUGCAGCGGGCACCUUACUCGUUUCGGGUUCACUGAUUACAGUAACCUUUUUUGUGAUUAGUGGCUUGUUGUUGACCAUCAACUGGUUGGCCGUUUCUCGUGCUAUACAAUCCAAAAAGGAAACUUGGAGUUUCGGCCAGUAUGCUCAGCUUUUUGUUAAGUUUAAUAUCUUUCGGUACAUCCGGUUGACCAUUCCGUAUGCCUUUGUCCUGCUCAUGAGCGGAGUUUACUUCGAGAAUGCCGGUGGUCCAUUGUGGAGACACAUCUUUGAGCGGGAGCAGCUGGCCUGUAGACGCAACUGGUGGACCAAUCUUUUAUACAUCAACAAUUUCGUGCGAACGGAUGAGCGGUGCCUGCUCCAAGGUUGGUAUUUGGCAGCGGACACUCAUUCCUUUGUGCUUAGUUUGGUGCUGCUGAUGCUGGGUCACCGGUUUGCUAGAUGGAGCAAGCAUCUGUAUGCUGGCAUUUUAGCUCUAUUCGUGGCCAUUCCGAUGGUGCUCACGUAUGCCAUGGACUACUAUCCCAUUUUUAUACCAACACCACAAACCCAGAAGGAUUCCUUUAUCGGAGAUCGUCAGUUUACCGAGUUUUACACUUCGUCCUUGAUGAACUUCGGUUGCUAUUUCUGUGGAAUCUUGGCUGCUUUGGUCUACGAUCAGUUGGCCCUUAAACAAUAUAAGCUACGAGAACUGAAGAGUUUCCAGCUACUCUGGUUCACCCUCAUCCCGGUGGGUAUCCUUUGGCUGUUCAGCGCUCAUCCCAUCUUCCAGCACUAUUACGUAUCUCCAUCUGCGAUUUGGGGAGCUCUGUAUGCCGGCCUGCAGCGAAAUAUCUGGGGCUUUGGCCUAGGAAUCUUCAUUGUGGGCAUGGCCAGCAAAGUGGGUUGGAUCUUCCGAAAAUUUGCCUGUCUGCCAAUUUUCCGUAUUAUGGGACGCCUCACCUAUGGAGCCUUUAUCGUGCAUCUAUUUGUGGCUAGGAUAGUCAUAGCCACGGUGCGGGAACCAAUCUACUUUGGCACUGGCAUGAUGUUCGCCUUCAUCUUCUUUACGGUGACUAUGUCCUACCUGUGCUCCUUCCUGCUUGCCAUCUUUUUGGAGCUUCCCGUCUCCUCUUUCCUUAAGCUAAUGAGAUAGCUCAAUAACUUAACUUAUAGAUUAAAUAUAACUAGAAUAAAGAACAUAACUUAAA